AUUCCUGUGCGGACAGAGCCCCCACUGGCUUCCAAGGAGGGAGCUCUCAGGAAGGAGCACGGAGGAGGGGUGGCUGGUGGAAAGCUGCUGGGGUGAAAACCUUGUUACUUUGACUGUGAGUCUGUAGGUCAUCCAUCUACUUAGUGGAUGUAGGUCACAGCUGCCAGGUCACUGUUCCUCUCUGGAGUUUGAGUAAGAAUAACAGGAUGACUCCAGCCCAUCUUCACUCCCUGUGUCUUCUUAUACUUUAUUUGGCAAUGGGAAAUGGCCAAGAUGGAAAAUUUAGUGGACCCCUGAAGCCUAUGACAUUUUCCAUUUAUGAAGGCCAAGAACAACAUCAAAUCAUAUUCCAGUUUCAGGCCAAUCCUCCUGCUGUGACUUUUGUACUAAAUGGGGAGACAGAUGGUAUAAUUAAGAUAGAAUCCAAUGGACUUCUGUAUUCCAUCAGCGCUCUGGACAGGGAAACAAGAGCCGUUCACCAUCUGGAGAUCACAGCCCUGGAUGCUCAAGGAAUGACGGUGGAGGGUCCAGUCCCCAUCACCAUAGAAGUGAAGGACAUCAAUGAUAAUCGUCCCAUGUUUUCUGAGCGAAAGUAUGAAGGCUCGGUGAGGCAGAACUCUCGCCCAGGGAGACCUUUCAUGUAUGUCAGUGCUACAGAUCUGGAUGAUCCAACCACUCUUAAUGGCCAGCUUUUUUAUCAAAUUGUCAUUCAGCUCCCCAAGAUCGAUGAUGUUAUGUACUUUCAGGUCGACAACAAAACAGGAGGAAUAUCACUCACCCGACAAGGGGCUAAGGAACUGGAUCCUGUGAAGAAUCCAUCCUACAACCUGGUGGUCUCAGUGAAGGACAUGGGAGGUCAGAGUGAGAAUUCCUUCAGUGAUACUGUUUCAGUGGAUAUUACAGUGAAGGAGAACAUUUGGAAAGCACCAGACCCUAUGGAGAUUGUAGAAAACUCAACGGAUCCUAACCCAGUGAAAAUCACUCAGGUGCAGUGGAACGAGCCAGGGGCACACUAUUCCUUAACUACAAAGGAGACGCUUCCAAGAUUCCCAUUUUCAAUUGACCAGGAAGGAAAUAUAUAUGUGACUCAGCCCUUAGACCGAGAAGAAAAGGAUUUGUAUGUUUUUUAUGCAGUUGCAAAGGAUGAGUAUGGAAAUCCACUUUCAUACUGGUUGCAAAUUGAAGUGAAAGUUAAAGACAUUAAUGACAACCCACCAUCAUGUCCAUCUACAAUGACUGUAUUUGAGGUCCAGGAGAAUGAAGCAUUGGGGAAAAGAAUUGGGAUCUUUACUGCCUAUGACCUGGAUGAAGCAAACACCGUCCACAGUGUCUUACGUUAUAAAAUUGUGCAGCAAACCCCUGAAUGUCCUGUGGAUGGACUCUUUCUGAUUGAAGAGUAUGAGGGAAAGGUCCAGUUAGCUAAACAGUCCUUGAAGAAGCAAGAUGCUCCUCAGUACAACUUAACAGUGGAGGUAUCUGACAGAGAUUUCAAGACCCUCUGUACUAUAGAAAUCAAUGUUAUUGAUAUCAAUGAUCAGAUUCCCAUCUUUGAAAAAUCAGAUUAUGGAAACCUGACUUUUUCUGAAGACACAGCUGUGGGGUCUACCAUUCUAACCAUCCAAGCCACAGAUGCCGAUGAGCCAUUUACUGGGAGUUCUAAAAUCCUGUACCGGAUUACACAGGGGGACAAGGAGGGAAGACUGGCGAUUGACACAGAUCCCCAUACUAAUGCAGGAUAUGUCACAAUUAAAAAGCCUCUUGAUUUUGAAACAGCACCUAUUUCCAGAAUUGUGAUCCACGCAGAAAAUCCCGAGCCUCUGGUGCCUGGCGUCACGUACAACGCGAGUUCUUUUGCCACCUUCGUUCUCGUGGUGACAGACGUGAAUGAAACACCAGUGUUUUCCCAAUUUGUCUACCAAGCAGAAGUCAGGGAGGACGUGGCUGUGAACACCAAAGUGGGCAAUGUGACUGCCCGGGAUCCUGAAGGGCUGGGCAUAAGAUAUUCCCUGAGAGAUGACACAAGAGGUUGGCUGAGAAUUGACCCCACCACUGGUGAGAUCUUCAGCAAGGCUCCCCUGGACAGGGAAACCGAACAUGUGUAUCAGGUACAAGUGGUGGCCACUGAAGUAGGUGGCUCCUCCCUGAGUUCCACAUCACUUUUCCACCUGACCCUCAAGGAUGUGAAUGACAAUGCCCCACGGCUGGCCAGGGACUACACGGGUUUGUUCUUCUGCCACCCCCUGCGGACCCCAGGAAGUCUGGUGUUCGAGGCCACGGAUGAUGAUCAGCAGACACUGCGGGGUUUUCACUUUUCAUUUUCCCUUGGCAGUGAAAGCUUACAGAACGACUGGGAAGUGUACAGAAUCAAUGGCUCUUUUGCCAGACUUUCCACCAAGCACACAAACUUUGAGGAGAGAGUUUAUACAGUUCCAAUCCGCAUCAAUGAUCAGGGGUGGCCACCCUUGGAAGGGACAGUCAAUUUACCAGUUACCUUUUGCACCUGUGUGGAAGGAAGUUGUUUCCGGCCAGCAGGUAGAAGAGAGGGAAUUCCCACUGUAGGUAUGGCAGUUGGCACACUCCUGACCACUUUGCUAGUCAUUGGUAUAAUUUUAGCAGUUGUGUUUAUUCGCAUCAAGAAUAAUAGAUCCAGUGAUAAAGUGGAAAAUGCUCAGGCAUCUGAAGUCAAACCCCUGAGAAGCUGAAUUUGAGGAGGAAUGUUUGUGUUUAUAUUACAUUAAGUGCUAUUUCAAUGACACAACUGUUUAAUCUCAUAAUUUGAGUUUUCAUCCAACAUGUGUGCUAUAAUUUUUUACAGAUAUUCCCUCUUGCCCUUUAAUAUUUUACUCUUAGAUAUUUCAUGUACCAUAGACAUUAGAAAUAUUUUCCAUUUUCCCAUGACAUUUUUCCCCUCUGUAAAGCCUCAGCUACUUAACCCAAACUAAAAAUGUAAGUAUUCUUCCCCUUUGGGGAAAGGAAUUAAUUAAACAUUCUGCACAUUUUUUGCUUCAUCAAGGGGAGUUAUCAGUUAUCCACCAUCGAACUUUCUGGAGUCUAUGAAUGCUUCUUCUGAUUCCAAACUUUGUCCAUACUUUUACUGAACUACAAAAGAACAAAGGUCUCCAGAAGACAUGAAACGGCAGCCUUGCCCCUUGGUAUGAACAGAAACUCUUCUGUGUUAUUCAUCAUCCUUAACCCAAAGUGGUCAGUGCUGCUGCCCAGCUUGGGAAUGACCCAGAGCCCUGGAAAAUGCCCAGCACAGUUGCUCUGUUACCGCAAAGGCCUUCUUCACACCUGGGGGCAAAAACCAACCAGCCACCCGGUUGACUCUUUCCCUCCCGUGCUUACAUGCUGCGCAUGUUUUCUUUAUUUGUAUAUUAAUAAAGUUUUGGUUUUUAUGUAUUUAACAUGUAGGAGAAAAUAAGAAAGCAUAAAAGUGAUGGCAAAAAUCAAGAAUAAAGGUCAGUUGUGGUGGUUUUGUUUCCCUGA